AUCGGAAUCUUGUGGCGGAAGCACUUUGUGGUGUAGAAAAAUUGAGUGUGCGUGACUGCUCGCUGCUGCGAGAACAAUGUGGCGGAGAAGCGUCAGGGUCCCCGGGAGCUUUUGUGCUCUUGUUCGCUUCGGCGCUCCGGGGGAGGACGUUGUGGCCUUGUACAGUAAAGCACACAAAUUCUUUAGCACCACCACUGUCUUCUGCACUAAGGAAGAUAACCCACUCAGCUGCACCAGUACAAAUAUUUCAUCAAAUCAGGAGCAGAAAACACAAGUAAACACAAAGAAAAAUUUGCUGCAGUUAAUUAAUGGAAUGAAAAUAGAACUAAGUACAAAGAAGAAGAUCAUGGACAAUGCCAGAAGCAGAUUGCUGGAAGAUGAUGAAAAAAGCAACGAGCAUAUUCCAGAAUUGGAGGCAGCAGCCUCUGCUGUUGCAUCUUCACUCCCUUUCGAUAAACAAAAGACAACUUCAGAACUGUUGCAUUUGGUAAAAAAGCACAAGGAAGAAAUGAAUGUGCGUAGAAGUGGAACUGCUGACCUAAGCAAAAUAAUGGCAAGCAUGAAAAUUAGAAAAAAACCUGUUAAACGAGAUGUCUUUAGAGCAUCCAGUGAAAUUGAGUGUGAUGAAGAUGAAGAUGGCAAUUGGGCACAUAUUAAAGAACACAGAAUUAAAAGGAACCUCUUUUCUGGAGAAAGGCUACAGAUUUUUACUCCUAAGCCAGAGGGAGCACAUGAAACAGACACAGUAGCAAUACCAACACUUUGGGAUCUGGAAUUUGCCAAAACUAUUGCAUCAAACUUUCAGCAUCCACCACAGAAUGGUUUUGAGGAGAUGAUACAGUGGACAAAAGAGGGAAAACUUUGGGAGUUCCCAAUUAACAAUGAAGCUGGACUUGAAGAUGACACUGAAUUUUAUGAACAUAUAUUUCUGGAUAAGCACUUGGCAGACUUCCCCAAAGAGGGACCGAUUCGCCACUUCAUGGAACUUGUAGCAUGUGGGCUUUCCAAAAACCCAUACUUAAGUGUGAAAGAAAAAGUAGAACACAUUCAAUGGUUCCGGGAUUAUUUCAAGGAAAAGGAAGGGUUGCUUAAGGAAAUUGAAGCUCAUGAGAAGGAAGCCUUGAUUGAAAUAGAGAAUAUAUUGAAAUGAAAACUCAAAAGAAAGCCAUGGCUUCAUAUAAAUAAUCAUUGGGCAGUUGCACAUCAUAACCUGGAAAGAACCUGAUUUGGAGAUAUCAAAACUGGCAAAGGUGGUUUAAUCUGUCUUGCAAAUUGUUGAGUAAAAAUUUAUACUUGUCUGCUUAUUGUAUUAAUGUUUGUAAGAUAGUCUUUCCAGUUUUUUGCCCUAAAAAUAUUGGAGUGAAAUCAGUCCAAAGAUUAGACAGAAAUCACAGCCUACAGAUUUUCAUUGAUAAUGAUUACUAAUAGUAUAGCACUUUAGGAUAAACUUUAUUGUUACAGAGUUUUGUGGUUUUAUUUCCCUAUUUUCAGUGCAAUUUAAAUAGUAUUAGAUCACAGAGAAUAUUCAGUUUGUUUACAGCUUAAGAUUUACUCCAGAAAAGAAAUACCUUGCAAAAAGAUAAGCUGUUCUUCUCCACUUAGGUCUGUAUACUGCACCAACUUUUGUCAUUUGCAUUCAUUCCCAACUUGUAUAUAUUUAUCCAAUUAAUCAGGUAUGUUAAAAUAAGAUUUGAUUCAGACCCACUGAUUGCUUCAGAAUUUGAAGAAGGUAAGAAAUAAUACUAGAUACAGCUGCUUGAUAUAUUUAUAGUUUUAAAGCAAAUCUGAUUAUAUAAUGCCAUGUAUUUCUCAGAGUUUUCUGGUUUUUCACCUUUCCCAUACUUCUCAGAGUUUUUCAAACAUUAUUUUUAAAAAUAAUUUUACCUGUAUUGUAAAUUCCACUUUUUGGCCAAUUAUACCACUUCAGUUAAUGUUUCUGUA